CGAUUUAUCUAUUUGUUUGCAUAUGUAUUUGCAAAAUUACGAGUGUAAUUUUUUCCUUUUUUGUGUAUUUUCCGACUGCGAAUACAAUUGAUCAGUUUAUUCAUUUUUAGUAAUCCAAUAACACAGAUUAACAAAAGACAAAAAUCAUGUUCACUUCAUAAAAUGUAGGGUACCAUUAUGCCACCUUCCAAUUUAUAACAGACUAAAUGAGUUAUUUCCAAUAAGAUUAAGGGGUAAUUUAGCUGAGUGAUAUUAAGUAGAAAGAAGUGAGAAAGUAGAAAAACCCCAAAACCACCACCAAAAUAGAAGAGAGUUCAGUUGCACCUCCGCAGCACCACCGCAACGACCCUUGGCUCUCCCGCCGCCGUCGCCGUUGCCGUCAUCGAAUCAUCGCCCGGCACGUUACCCCCUAUCUCUCUCCUUCAACUAUGGCAGCUCUGUCGCUCUCCUUCAAUCGCUCCUCCACAUCCUUAUUCUUACCCAAUGCUCUCUCUCCACCCACUCCGGCCGCCGCCUGCCGGCUUUCCCUUACUUCUCCUCCCGCCAACCACCACCUCAUUUCCUUACAUACUUGUCGUCCGUUAUCUUUAAGGAGCCGCCGGCUGCUGCCGCUCUUCUCGUUCGCUCAGGAUUCAUCGAGGCCUUCGGACAUUGACAUUGACGACAAGGGAAAUGGGCAUCUUGAAGAGGAGGAAGCUGGAGAAUCACAACGUGAAGAAGCCUGGAAACAAACUCUUGAAUCAUUUAAAGAACAAGCCUUGAAAUUGCAAGCUGUAUCUCAUGAAGCUUAUCAGCUUUAUUCCCAGAAAGCCAUCGUCAUUUUGAACGAAACUUCUGAGAAGCUUAAAAUACAAGCUGACAAAGCCAGACAAGACUUGACUGUCAUCGCAAAGGAACUUGCCCUGGAGAGUAAGGAGUACUUGGCCAAUGCUGCUGAGAACACCCCAGAACCUGUUAAAGAUAUUGUUGAAACGUUUGCUUCCUCACCUGAUGAUUUAAAUGAAGUCUCGAAAGUGCGUGAUUUUUACGUUGGAAUUCCUUAUGGGGCUUUUCUUUCUGUCUGUGGCUUUCUUUCCUUCAUGAUUUUCGGUAGUCUCUCUGGAAUAAGGUUUGGUCUCAUUCUUGGUGGUACUCUCUUGGCCCUCAGUAUCUCAAGUUUAAGAUCCUGGAAAAAAGGAGAAUCAUCUCCGCUUGCUUUGAAAGGACAAGCAGGUUUGUUCCUUUAUUGGUCUUAUGCAUAGAUGUCGAUAGGCUUUUGUGUUGAUUGUUUACAUAAUUUACAUUCCGAAGCUAAUUUUUACCAUUUAGACUAGGUCAUCCUCAAACACUUUUGUAGUCUUAUUUUCUAGUCUUCAAGAAUAAUUUUUCAGAAUCAUUAAAAUUUGUGCUGGAAGAUUAAUCAGAUUUGGAAGCAAAUCAAGUUGUUAUUUUGCAAUACUUUUAGCCAGUUAUUUGAAAGCGUUUGACUAGCAUAACUUGAAUGGAUUUUUCAUUGCCUGGUACCUAAAAGUGAGCCCAUCAGUUGACUGAAUCUAUUACAUUUAGAUUAUUUAUCCAUUUAGCCUCACUCAUUGAAUGUUGAGCUGCCAAUUAUGAUGCUGUUUAUAUCUGUUGUUUUGCAGCAAUUUCUACCAUAAUAUUUCUCCGGGAAAUUCGCUUGCUCCUUUCGGUAAGAUCCUAACAGACUUUUGUAUUGGCUCAACAUUUGUCUCUAAUAAAGAUUUGGCCAUGGGAGGACCUGAUAUGAUCAAUUUUCCUUUGCAGAGACCAUUUAUCGGCAAUUUUAUCGCUGCCCUUGUCAGGUUAAUAUUUUUCUUGAAUUAUGUUGAGGAAACUUGAUAAGCUCCGGCAAGCGUUGUAAUAUGCUAAUGUCAUGUUUGAAGAUUAAAAUCUUGCAAUCUGUCGUCAUUUUUACACCCCUUCCUUAAGUUGUCGUUAAAUACUCAAUAAUACAAAGUUACUUUGUGCAAACCUAGUGCAGGAUUGUUUUCUUUAAUCUGGAGUAUGUGAUUCUAUUUUAACUUUAUUAAUUGUUUGUGUGUUAACUUUUAAUCCCACGUUGAACCCUCUUUUGUUAAAAGAGAUACUGAACUCAUAUUGCAAAAGUUUCCGAAUCACUAACUUUUGACUUAUAUGAGAAACAAUUUGCGAAAGAAGAAACUUUAACUAUGCGCAGCAAAGCUUUUUAACUGGACUAUUCAUCUAGAGCUGCUUCCUGUAUUCCGAAGAUAACUUGACCCGUGGCUUCUCUAUGCAGUGGUGCAGUAGUGGCAUUCUAUGCGUACAGGAUUGUUACCGAUCGUGAGCAAGCGAAAGGAUCAAACUUGGAAGGGGAGACUGAGACUUAGUUCUCUUUUUAAGGUGAAUGCAAUGACAAUAUUUUGUGAUGUAUGUACCAGAUUAUUUUGCUACUUGGUUCUUAAAGUUUACUGCUGAUCAUGGAUGCUUCCUUUGUGUGGAGUUCACUAGUAAAACUCAUUGCAAAUUACAAUGUCAACUGUUUUUUAUGUUCGUCUGUUAAGGAAUGCUUUUCAUUUGGUCAGGUUACCAGAGAUUGGAAAUUUCUUAUUUUCAAGCUGGAAUGAAGUUGCUGGAUCAUCUUGCUCAAUGCUCUGCGCUGCCGUCCACCUAUCAGUGAUGUUCAUUAGGUCAAUUAAGUGCCCAGCAAUCUACUAGCUUCGAGAAGGUGAUGAAGGCUUUAAAGUGUUAGCUUCCAUGAGAUUACAUCCUACAAAAUAGUAGCAAGUUUGAUGAAAUUAGGAACUAAAAGCGGUUCAAAUGCGGCCAAUAUGUAAUAUAUUCCUUUUGUACUUGAACAUCAAGUGUCAAGUUAAUCUAGGCUACUUAUGAAGUAUUCCAAACGGUACAAUUAGUUGAUUCCGUUGUAAGGUUGUGUUAUGGGUUGUUGUGAUCAUCGUUCCAUCCUUAUGGUUUCCGGGCUUUCGAUGGUUGCUUACUGAAAACCUCGGUAGCAGAUUUCAUACCUUGGACAUUACUUUCAGGUAUUCAGAUUAAUCGAAUUUCUAUUGUUUCAUAUCACUAUUUGUUUUCUUGUUUCCAUAGUGCCAUAAUUUCAAAUGUAAAUGUCAUAAAUUUUUC